CCCUGCUCCCUCCUCCCCUCCCAGCCCCGCCCCGCCCCACCGCGCCAACCAACCCAGCCUGCCUAUAUACCUCGCCCCCGCGCCCCCCACGCGCACACCCAUAUGCUUAGCUCCCAGCCCCGGACCCAUGGGCGCCUGCUUCUCCUCCGCCUCCGCUGCCCCCGCCGGCGCCGCCGAGCGCCGCCCCUCCAAGGAGGACAGGAAGAGGCGCCGCGGCGGCGCGUCUCCCGAAGGAGCGGCAAAGGCGGCGGCGGCGGCGGCGGCGGCCCCCGUGCGGGUAGAGUUCGGCUACGAGAGGGACUUCGAGGCGCGCUACGAGGUCGGCCGCCUGCUCGGCCACGGCCAGUUCGGCUACACCUUCGCCGCCACCGACCGCCAAUCCGGUGACCGCGUCGCCGUCAAGCGCAUCGACAAGGCCAAGAUGACCCGUCCAGUUGCUGUGGAGGAUGUGAAAAGAGAAGUGAAGAUUCUUAAAGCACUUAAAGGACAUGAGAAUAUUGUUCACUUCUAUAAUGCAUUUGAGGAUGAUUCAUACGUGUAUAUUGUAAUGGAACUAUGUGAGGGUGGUGAACUAUUGGACCGGAUUUUGGCAAAAAAAAAUAGCCGUUACAGUGAGAAAGAUGCUGCAGUGGUAGUGCGCCAAAUGCUUAAAGUAGCUGCUGAGUGUCACUUGCGUGGGCUAGUUCACCGAGAUAUGAAGCCUGAGACUACCUAUUUUCCUUCCCAGAACUUCCUUUUCAAAUCAAAUAAGGAGGACUCACCGCUAAAGGCAACAGAUUUUGGUUUAUCAGACUUCAUAAAGCCAGGGAAGAAGUUCCAUGAUAUUGUUGGCAGUGCCUAUUAUGUUGCACCAGAAGUAUUAAAACGACGAUCUGGUCCUGAGUCUGAUGUUUGGAGCAUAGGAGUUAUAACCUACAUUUUGCUCUGUGGGAGGCGACCAUUUUGGGAUAAGACAGAAGAUGGUAUAUUCAAGGAGGUUCUAAGGAACAAGCCUGACUUCCGUAAGAGGCCUUGGUCAAGCAUCAGUCCAGGUGCUAAAGAUUUUGUUAAAAGGUUACUAGUGAAGAAUCCAAGGGCAAGACUAACAGCUGCUCAAGCUCUCUCGCAUCCAUGGGUUAGAGAAGGAGGAGAAGCAUCUGAGAUCCCUGUCGACAUAUCUGUCUUAUCCAACAUGCGCCAGUUUGUCAAGUACAGCCGUUUCAAGCAGUUUGCACUUAGGGCUUUAGCAAGUACGCUCAAUGAGGAAGAGCUAGCUGAUCUGAAGGAUCAGUUUGAUGCAAUUGAUAUUGAUAAAAGUGGAUCCAUUAGUAUUGAGGAAAUGCGACAUGCCCUUGCAAAGGAUCUUCCUUGGAGAUUGAAGGGUCCCCGUGUGCUCGAGAUUAUUCAAGCAAUCGACAGCAAUACAGAUGGUCUUGUGGACUUCAAAGAGUUCGUUGCAGCAACUCUACAUAUACAUCAGAUGGCCGAGCUGGACUCUGAAAGGUGGGGCAUUCGAUGCCAAGCUGCUUUCAGCAAAUUUGAUCUGGAUGGUGAUGGAUACAUCACGCCAGAGGAGCUUAGAAUGCACACUGGCUUAAAGGGAUCUAUUGAGCCGCUGCUGGAGGAGGCUGACAUCGAUAAAGAUGGGAGAAUAAGUCUGUCUGAAUUCCGCAAGCUCCUGCGAACUGCAAGCAUGAGCAACGUUCCCAGCCCAAGGGGACCUCCACCAAAUCCUCAAGCUUUGUGAACUGCGGUGAGGCCAUUAGAGGAGCAAAUUUAGGAAGAUGCCGUACAGUAGUCAAUGUGUUUUUUUAGCGUGCCAUGUGAUGUUUCUGAUUUAGCAUCCAGGUUAUUUGUGCAGCAGUGAGAUAAGUUUCAAAGUAAAUAUUUAGUAAUUUUUUUUUCACGGAGAAGUAUGAGAGGUCGAGAUAGAAAUGGUAAAUGAGACUCGCAGUCCUCUUUCUGUACAGUACUAAAUAUGUAUGAUUUGAUUAUACUAUUGGCCUCAAUAAAUUGUCUGAAGGUGUGAGGACAUGCCCGUCCUUUGGCGUAAUUUCAAA